GAAUGACCACUAUUGUCAAUAACAUGGCGGAAGCUGCGACGGCGUCCAAAAUGAUAUUUUUUCCUCUCUAAUUUCUGCUGUUAGACCACCAAAAAUAGGAAAUAUAUUUGGAAUUUAUCAUCGACACAAGGAGCCAUGAGCGAUAGGGUAGAAUGGGUGGAGAUAAUAGAACCCAAAACACAGCGGCCCAUGUACGGCAAUCUCAGGACGGGAGAGCUGGCAUGGGAACCACCCUCAAGCGCAAAAGUGAAAAAGAGAGAUAACAACCAGUGGUGGGAACUGUUUGAUCCCAAGACUUCCCGCUUCUAUUACUACAAUGAAAUGCUACAGAAAACGGUCUGGCAUAGGCCAACCAACUGUGACAUCAUACCACUCGCUAAACUACAGACUCUGAAGUUAAAUACAGAAGCCAGACAGGAUGAUGGAGAUGUUCAUAAACACAAACAACAACAUUCACAGCGUCAUCGCCAUCGACACCGUGAGGACAAUCGCCACGCCCGCCACCACCACCAUCACCACCAUCAUCAGCAAGGUCAACGGGGUCAUCUCCAUGACAACGAGAGGAUGGACGGUGAUGGACAAGCUGAAAUGGUCGGACAACCGGUAAGACAACGCAGGGCUUCUGACCAAGUAGAAAGAUCCAGAUUCAACGAACUUGCCACGGCCCACAGCAUGGGCUACCACCAUCAAGGGGUCAUGCAUGGGUCACCGAGAGGUCAAAGGUCACAACGCUACGUUCAAGAGAUGCCUGGGAUGCCCCAGCAGCAACAGCCACAGUACCCCUUGCCACAGGUACCUUAUGCACAUCAAGUUCAAGGUAGAAUGAGAUCUGACAGCGAACCGAUGGACAUAUCCAAAGUCCGCGGGGACAUGCAGGGCCAACCGCCCAAUUUCGGUCGCUACCCGACCCAUGGCCGAGAGCGAUAUGAACUUGGGUCUGUCGGUAGGUCAACAGGUCAUGCUAUUCAAGAGGUCAUGCAACGGGAAGGUUCUGGAGGAAACCUGUCUCAGGGUUCUGAUCAUUCACAGGAGCGCCAUCGCCCGGACAGUCGGGCGUCGCAGUCGUCGCAUCAAUCUACGGAAGGGUAUGGACCUCAGAGGAGACGGUCGAUGGAGAUGCAGUGCGGGGGACAGCAUGCCCAUGAGCGGUCAGAUAGCCAGGUUUCCAAUGUGAGCCAGGGCGAGGAGAGACAUAGGACAGCGCCCUCACCCCGAAGCAAAAAGAAGAAACAGAUGCCGAAGAUGGGUGUGACGGCGGCCAUGCAAAGAACUUUCGGUGGGCCUCAGAGUCCAAAUGCGAACCUCCCCCAUUCACAAUCAGGGGAGCGGUUGCAGCAUUUUUUUGGACAGCCGACGCGCAACCAGCUUCCUCCCCAGAUCCAGACCCAACCUCCUAACAUGCAGGGUUUUGUAGGACACGGCUACCAAAGAAGUGACCAGGAGAGUCCUCGAUUAGCCAGUCCGAUGGAUUCCUCUUUCUCGCCGCCAGGUUCCAAUUUCAAUCGAACAGCCACUCCUGAUUCCUCCUCGAGUUUAGACUCAUCCUCCCAAUACCCUAGCACCAAAGAGCGCCAUCUAGUGCCGGGCUACGGUGCAGGAUUCCCCGACCAGAGAGGGGAGCACAUUGUACAUAAACAUUCAGAUAGCCAACUUUCACAAAACUCUCAAAACUCCAUAUCGUCCCAUCAUUCGGACUCAUCAAACCGACCGGUAACUUCAGAUUCGCAACGUUCCCAGUCAUCAGAGGACCUCAAUGGACCCACCUAUGUCCACGUUGGCCCCCCUUCCCAAGAGGACCAAAUCCUGUCCCACAGACAUUCGCCGGCCAUGCAAGCGCCGAACAAUAACCUCCCGCCGCAGCUUUCGACGGACACCGACGAAAUCAUGCCGGCGGACCCUAUCUACGCAAACCUGGAAUUCAUUGCGCAGCGCGAGAAGGAGGAUGAGCAAAGGAUGGUCUUGCGGGAAAUGGACCGGUUAAGUGGAACCCAGGAUAUCGAGAUAAAGUUCCAUCGAAAUGUGCACCCAGGAUCUCAAAUGGGACGGAUUAACGGGGAGCAUGAGAACAGGAGUUAUAGUCUUGAAGCUUUGGACCAGCAUGAACAACUUGCUAAGGCCGGCAUCAGACUCAAUAAGAGUUUCGACUCUGAAGAGAGUUCAUCCCGCGAUGCCUCGGGCACCCACGAGAGCAGCCCGAUGAACACCCCGGGGUCUCCGCCCUCCCCUACGUCCCACGAAACCCACUCGAUGGACAGCCCCCUCACCGAGACUGUCCACGCCUCCCUCCAACGGGGGCACCACCGCGGGAGCACGACAUCGUCGACCAGCGGCGCCAACAUCAUCCAGAACAGCGCCUUCGAACGCAGCAUCUCCGUGCAGGACCAACGGCCCAUCUCCAUGGUAAUAUGCGAAGCCACGCCCCCAGUGGUUUCCGAUGAGUGGAAGCAAAAGACAGGAACGGUUCCACACGGUCUAAAGAACAGCCCGUCUCUGAUCGCCAUCACCCGCGGAGGGAACAAGAAAGGGAUACCGACCGGAGAGAACGAUUUGGAGAACGUUGCUCCGGAGAACCUGAACAGACAUAAGAAAGGGCUGUUUAGGAAGAAGAUCUCACUCUCACACAUGCUCUCUUGGACAAAGGAGCCAAUCAGGAAAUCAAUGCUGAUGACGGAAGAUAAGGCUGUCAAGCGGGAAGCACCGGAAGUUUUCAAACUGACCCAAUGUUACAUGGGUGACCGGGUCAUCAAGGGUCAUACCAGGGAGUCGGCCUUGCUUGACCUGGUCAUUAAGGGAUGGUCAAUCGUUGCACUAAGAGAUGAGGUCUACAUUCAGGUUUGCAGGCAAACAUCGGACAACUACCAAGAGGACAGCUUGCGUUCAGGCUGGGAGCUGAUGGCCAUUCUACUCUUCUUCUUUCCUCCCUCCGUAUCGUUUUAUCCCUACUUGGAGAGUUUCAUUGUCAAACAUUUAUCAGGAGAUUUUGAUACUAGAAAGGUGACAGUGAAGGACUAUGCUGAGCAGUGUAUGAAACGAUUGGACAGGGUUGCUCAGUUUGGGGCUAGGAAGGGCAACAAGAAAAUCACUUCAGAUGAAAUCGCAAUCGCAAAGAAUUCCAUCUUCUUUCCUUCUUUGUUUGGGAAUACACUGGAAGAGGCGAUGGAGCUUCAGAAGGACCGUUUCCCGGAGUAUUCCUUGCCCUGGGUUGUGGUUGUACUGUCUGAGGAGGUUCUAAGGUUGAAUGGACAGCGGUGUGAAGGCAUCUUUAGGGUACCCGGUGACAUCGACGAGGUCAACAGUUUGAAGCUCAAAUGUGACCAAUGGGUACACCCAGAGUGCUCUGACCCCCACGUCCCCGCCUCCCUCCUCAAACAAUGGUAUCGGGACCUCUACAUGCCUCUCAUCCCUAACGAGUUCUACGACAGGUGCAUCCUCAUGUGCAACGAUAAGAACGGUGCCCUCGAGGUCGUCGAUGAUCUGCCGGAUCUUAACCGCCAUGUCCUGACUCAUUUUAUCCGGUUCCUACAGAUCUUCGCACUUGACGAUCAUGUAGCCAUGACCAAGAUGGAUGUCAACAACCUCGCAAUGGUGAUGGCGCCAAACUGCCUCCGAUGUAUCUCGGACCAACCGGAAAUCAUCUUUGAGAACACUCGCAAAGAAAUGUCCUUCGUUCGCCUCCUGAUCCAGUAUUUAGAUACGUCAUACAUGGAGGGCAUCCGGUAAUGGCAGAGGAGAUCUUGAUCAGAUGGUCAAAUAGCUUAGGGUUCUGCUUGAUUUAGAAGGGUGUCCGGAGGCCACUUCAGUGGUUAUAAUAUAAAACACAAUGAAAUAAUGUCCUUUGUUCGUAUCUUAAUCCAGUAUUUCAAUAUAUCUUACAUGGAGGGCAUCCGGUAAUGAGAGCAAACAUUUUGAUCAGAGGAUCAAAUUGCCUAGGGUCCUGCUUCCUUUAAAAGGUUCCGGAGGCUACUUAAGCGGUUAUAAAACACAAAAAAAUGUCCUUUUAUCAUAUUUUAAUCCAGUAUUUAAGUACUUCUUACAAGGAAGGCAUCAGGUAAUGACAGCGGAGAUCAUGCUCAGAAGGCUCCAGUAGCUAAGAGUAUGGCUGCCUCUAGAAGGGUGUGUAGAGCCAACUUAAGAAGUGUUUAUAGAAUACAAAAAAAUGUCCUUUGUUCGUAUUUUAAUCGAGGAUUUAGAUAAGUCUUUACAUGGAAAGUAUCCGAUAAUGACAGACUCAAUCAUGUACAGAGGCUCCAAUAGCUGAAAGCUUAAGGAUUCAUUUCCAAACAACUUAAGAGUUGAUUAUAGAAAUUCAAAGAUAUGUCCUUCGUCCGUAUCUUAAUCCAGUAUUUAAAUGCAACUUACACGGAAGGCGGAGGUCCCGUGCGGAAGGUUCAAAAGUUGUGGGUUAUGAUCGCUUUAGAAGGAUGUCUCAUAUUGUAACUCAAGAACUGGUUGUAGCAAUGCAAAACACAAGUCUUCAGCUCCUCCACUCAUGCUGUAUCUAGGAAUGCAUACAAGAUCUACUCUACAUGAAAUUUGAUGCUGCUACUUGUUUGAAAAUGCCCAAAGCGUCAAUACCUCAAGGUUCUAAUGGCUUCAGAAUGAUUCUUAAAGCGAUGAAUGAAUUUUUGUUUUCCAGAUAAAUGUCUCUAUAAAAAAAUCUGCUCGUCGUUGUAGCCAUCAUUUAUGCCACGGCUUGUUUUUGCUUUCAAAUCAACACCAACGUACAGACCACACCAUUAAGUACUUGAAACCAAGCUUUGUCCCUGUUUCCGCUGUUUGAACUUUAUAGGAAAAUAUACAAUGUUCUAAUAAUAAUUAACAUUGAUGAUAAUAAUGCAAGUUAUGAAGCACUUGUAUCCACUCGACAGAGGGCCCAAUGUGCUAAUUCUCUUGUGUUACCUUGGCUGCAGUGAUGCCAACCAUUAGGGAAUGUUUAUCAGAUAGGAAAUUACAAUGUGAAUAAGCAAAUGGCUGAACCAAAUGUUUUGAAACAACUCAAAACAUGUGAACAAAAGUUUUUCUCUAAUCUUUCAAUCGAGAAGUCAACACCGAAUUUACAGUAGAACACAUCUCAUUGAUAUUCUGUAAGGGUUGGCAACUCUGUGGGUAUAACUGGCCACAAUCCUGGCACACAAACAUUUCAGUGGAUGCAUAUUCCUACAAAGUAUUCAUUUACUGGUGGAUGUUGCAUAAAGCUGUUUGUAAGUUAAGCAGGGAAUAUUUUUUUCCUUGAGAGCUUCUCUCUUAUGACCAAAAAUACUAUUCAAAUUUGUAAAGCAAAGCUAUUCCCUGUUAAUAAUGACUUCACACUCAUGACUGGCAGGCAAAUUUUUAUUUUAUUUUGAUAAUUGUCAAGGGCCACUUUUCCCAAACUUUUGGCUGGAUCUGCUAUAUUUGUGAAGCUUUCACAUUUUGUUAUCAAGUUUUCUUUGGUGCAUUUUUUGGGUGAAAUUUUACACAAUAUACACCUUCGUGUAAGACUGAUAAAUGUUUGCGAAAUGAAAUCCUGCAUGUAAUCAUAUUUUUCAUGCCUUGUAUUCAUUCUAUAUCUGAUUUUUUUUUAUUUCACUAUCCGUUUACAAUUCACCAAAGUUGCUAUUCAUAUCAGCGCCCAGUCUUACAAAGAGUUAUGAUUGAUAUGGGGCCUGUUGCAGAAAGAGUUGCGUUUAAACGCAAGUCGAAAAAUCAAAUGCAGGUCCCAGAUGCGCGCUGUUGAUUGGUUGAAAAUCAAGUUGCGCAUGAUUUUUAGAGUUGCGAUCGAUUGCAACUCUUUCUGCAACGGGCCCAUGAUCAUCUUGAAUUAUAUGGAAAUCCAACAUUUUCAACAGGACAUUUGCAUGAUGUCCUUUGUAAACAAAGAGAAGCACACUGAAUUAUCAAG